AUGUUCGCGGCUCGGGCAAGUUCUCUCUUCCUGGACACUUCAGAGAUCUGGUGGCAGGACCCAUCAUCCAUGGCAGGGGAGGAGACGUCCUGGGAUGUGGCAGAGAUGGCAACUCUGCAGAAGGCUGCAGAUGAUGACUCAGACCUGAGCCACCCAGAAGCGGACAGUGCAGAGGAGCUGGCUGUACCUGACCCAGAACUGGAUGCUAUCAAAGCCAAAGUGAGGGAGAUGGAGAAGGAGGAUGAGAGGCUGAAGAAGUUGCAGCUGGAAGCUGAGAACCAUCUCAUCAUGAGCUCAGAGGCAGCUCUCUUCCCAAAGACAACUGAGGAGAAGAUGGAGGUUGACCAGCGCUCCAUCUAUGUGGGCAAUGUGGAUUAUGGAGGCACAGCAGAAGAGCUGGAGUCUCACUUCAACAGCUGUGGGCAGAUCAACCGAGUGACCAUCCUCUGCGACAGGUUCUCAGGGCAUCCCAAAGGGUAUGCCUACAUCGAGUUUGAGGAGAAGAGCUCGGUGAAGGCUGCGGUGGAGCUGGAUGAAAGUGUGUUCAGAGGCCGGGUCAUCAAGGUGCUCCCCAAGAGGACCAACAUGCCAGGCAUCAGCACCACCGACCGUGGAGGCUACCGGGGUCGCUUCCAUCUCCGGGGAGGGUUGGUCCAGCGGGGAGGCUACUAUGGAGGGCAUCACCCGAGGCUGCAAGGGAGGAGGAAGUACAGGGGUUGGGCAAGGCUGCUGCCUUGGUAUUUUCCAUACUAG